UGAGCGGCGGUCAUAUUUUGUACUGCUUUGCGGUACAUCUAGUUUUGUUCCUAAGUGUUUUUUUUUUUCACAUCACUUUCCCUCUGAGAUGGGUGGGCCAGUAACAUGAGAGCACCCUACAAGAACAGCCUACAUUCAGCUUGAUAACAAAUCAGCCCAACUGGACACACCUUUUAUCAAAAAGUAUAAGAUGAUGGUGUUCACUGUUGGUAUCAGCACAGCACUGCAGAACUGCACAGCAUUCAAAAGUUGCCUCACCUAUGGUACGAAGACCACCCCAGACAUGAAAAGCAGCUUCCUCCAGACAGCCCUUUUUGCUUUACUGCUCGUAGCAUUUCAGGACUUGAGCCGCAGUCAGAAGGACCAAUCAUUUAAUGAUGCAGCGGAUCUCAACCUUCCAGAACUGUAUGACAUUGGCUGGAUGAAAUCAAUUGACAACAACAAGUUCAUCUCUGACAUCACCAUCCCUGGCACCCAUGACACCAUGGCCCUUCAUUGGGGCUCUUUUGUAGAAUGCCAGGCCUGGUCAUUGGAAGAUCAGCUCAAGGCAGGCAUACGUUAUCUGGAUCUUAGGGUCAAGAUGUGUAAAAAAAAGCUCAAGCUUGUACAUGGAUGCUUUUUACAGCAUAUAACGUUACCUGAAGUGCUUAGCAUUAUCCAGACAUUUCUGAAGGACUAUGUCAGUGAGGCCAUUCUUGUAAGGGUAAAACUAGAAAAUGUAACACCGAAUCAUAAACAGGAUGCUAAAAAGCUUAUUGAAAGUUUCCUUAGAGAUAAUCCAGGUGUUGAGACAUGGGAUGAGUCAAAUGUACCAAGUAUGGGCGACGUUAGAGGCAAGAUUGUUUUCAUACAGAAAGGAAAGUUUAACCUAGGUAUUCCAAUUCAUGGUACUGAUGCGAGCGGGGAUUAUAAGGUCAGUACAAUAGAUAAGAAAAAGGAGAAAAUUAGGAACCAUUUGAAAGAGGCUGGGGAGAUGUGUGGUAAGGGUGAGGUAAUUCUGACUUACUCUAGUGGCACGGGCCUUCCUAAAUACGCGCUGACUUUAACACCAAAAGUAAUAGCUGAAGAAAUUAACCCUUGGUUAAAUGAAUAUCUAAAGGACGAUAAUCUGAAAAACAUACCUUGUUUUGGAGUCAUUGCUAUGGAUUUUCCUGGCUUUGAUCUCAUAAAAAGGGUGAUUGGCCUAAAUAAACUUAAACCUGUUGUACUUGGCUGCGUCGGCUCCAACCUGAGCCCUAAUUUUAAGGACUCAUGACUUGACUUGAACUUAGGUACCGAUGAAAGGGACUUGGACUCGGACUUGUGUGUUGUUUGCAUUUGGAGAUAGGUUAAAAUCUGGUUAUUUUACUAAAUCAAUUUUUUUCUGACUUACUAAUAGACUUACAGUAAUGCAAAGACAUUGUGAAUUCAAUUUGGAUAUUUUCAAUGCAAUGGUUUUACUCAAUGAACUGUAUUACAAUUCUACCUAUAGCACGUAAAUCUUGUGUAAUCCACAAAACCUUUUUCAUUUCGGUAAUUGUUUUAUUGAACAUUUAAGCCAUAACAUGUCAGACAUUCUCUGUUAUAGGCAAAAUAAGACUGACUUGGGGGCAUCAGUUGAAUGGAAUUAAAAGAAAAAACGCUUUGAAACUUAAAGCACACAUGCCUGCAUACUUUACUUUGUGCACAACAAUAGUCUUGAUUAUUUGUCAUUAAAACCAUGAGACAGCAUGCAAAACCUAAUGUUUAAUGGAAGAAGACUUCAUGUGAUGCCACUGGUGAUUAGUCAUUGAUUGAAUCAAGCCGAUCAUCCCAUAAAGAACAUGUAUGUUGGUUCAAUAAAUGGGGAACAUUCUGA